AUGGCUACAAGGUUUGCUCUUAAAUUGCUCAAACAGAGUGUUUCUAAUGUUGUUAGACAGAAGCCAAAUGUUGUUCCCAGAUAUCAUUACUGCACCAAUGCUGCUCCUACUCCUCCUCCUCGUAAAAUUCCUCAUUCCUCCAAAAAAGGCAGACUAUUUACUGGUGCCACCCUUGCACUACUUAUAGGUGGAGGUGCUUAUGCGAGCACAGUGGAUGAAGCUACUUUCUGUAGCUGGAUGUUCAACGCAACAAAACUUGUAAAUCCAUUCUUUGCAUUCCUUGACCCUGAGGUUGCCCACAGAUUAGCUGUAUCAGCUGCUGCUCGUGGGUGGGUCCCUAGGGAAAAAAGACCAGAUCCUUCAAUGUUGGGUGUCGAACUAUGGGGUAAGAGGUUCUCGAAUCCUAUCGGACUGUCUGCUGGUUUUGAUAAGAAUGCUGAAGCUGUGGAAGGGUUACUUGGGCUGGGUUUUGGUUUUGUGGAGGUGGGCUCAGUAACUCCAGUUCCUCAGGAAGGCAAUCCCAAGCCUCGGAUUUUCAGAUUGCCUAAAGAAGGUGCUAUAAUCAAUAGAUGCGGCUUCAAUAGUGAAGGAAUUGUUGCUGUAGCAAAGAGGUUAGGAGCCCAACACGGGAAGAGGAAAUUGGAAACGUCAACCACUUCAUCACCAGCCGAAGAUGAUGUGAAGCAAGGAGGAAAGGCUGGACCCGGGAUUCUUGGAGUCAACCUCGGGAAAAAUAAGACUAGUGAAGAUGCAGCUGCAGAUUACGUGCAAGGUGUUCAUACAUUAUCUCAGUACGCCGAUUAUUUGGUGAUCAAUGUCUCAUCUCCAAAUACUCCUGGACUGCGCCAACUGCAAGGAAGGAAACAAUUGAAGGACCUGGUUAAGAAGGUUCAAGCUGCUCGUGAUGAAAUGCAAUGGGGUGAGGAAGGACCACCUCCGUUGCUUGUGAAAAUUGCACCCGAUCUAUCCCGUCAAGAUCUUGAAGAUAUUGCUGCAGUUGCCCUUGCUUUGCGAUUGGAUGGAUUGAUUAUAUCAAAUACAUCAAUACAACGACCAGAUUCCGUGAGUAAAAACCCUGUGGCGCAAGAAACAGGUGGCUUGAGUGGGAAGCCGAUUUUUCCUCUCUCCACCAAUAUACUAAAGGAAAUGUAUAUUCUUACCAAGGGAAAAAUUCCAUUAAUUGGCUGUGGAGGUAUUAGCAGUGGUGAGGAUGCAUACAAGAAAGUAAGAGCAGGAGCUUCUCUAGUUCAGCUAUAUACAGCUUUUGCAUAUGGUGGACCUGCUUUGAUACCUCAGCUCAAGGCUGAACUUGCUCAAUGUCUUGAGAGGGAUGGUUUUAAGUCUAUCUAUGAAGCAGUUGGUGCAGAUUGUAGAUGA